AUGAAUCGGUCAAUUACACAUAAAAAGGAGCCAUCAAGUGUAGGUUUGAAAAGUCGGAUUAGUUCGAUUAGUUCAGAAACUGUCAAGAGUACGAAGCCGCAGAGAAAGGGUGAUGAAUUAGAGAGUUUUCAUGGGAGAAGAAGAGCAUUGAAAGAGUUCUACAAACUGCAAAAAGAACAACUAAAGCAGAUGGAAACAAAAGUGGGAGCAGCUGAAGAGGCAAAUAAAAGUAGCAUGAAAGAAGAAGAGCAGCAAAAUGAAGAAGAUAAUAGAAAGCUGGUACUUACAGUAGACAACUUCGAUGAAUAUGUGAAGAAAGUUGACUUCAUUAGACUUCUUAAAGAAGAGGAUGAGAUUUUAGAAGAAUUGGGGAACAAUCAAAGUGAAAUCAAGUCGAUCAUCUACAACAACUAUUAUGAACUUAUCAAGAUUAAUGAGAUACUUAUGAAUAUGAAGCGAAAUGAUGAUGAAGAUGGUGGUAACGAGAUCAAAAGUGUUGAAACGAACUUGAACAACGUGAAAAAGAGUCUUGGGACGUUAAAAGAGGUGGACUUAGGAGCAUUGGAGGAAACUAAACGGGAUAAAAUUGACAGAAAGGUCGUGGAAGAUAUGUGUAAAGGUAUAAAUAGGAUGAUCUUAGGACGAGGAGGAAAAGAAAUAGUCGAUGGAAUCGAUGGUGUUUUACCGGAGUUGAGUGGAGAGAGUUUAAUACUACAGAUGAAUGAAGUUAAGGAGAGAAGGGCAGACAAGAAGAUGAGUAGAUGA